AUGGAGGUCUUCCCAGAGGAGGUGGCUUUGAAGAAUGGCUCUGCAGAUUGGGGGGAAUUUGGAAUUGGAUAUGCAGAGAAGGUUUCCUCCGUGCGGUCCUGCCUGCAGGGCGCAGAGCAACCGGUCCAGUGUUGGUGGGGAAAAGCCGGAGGAGAGAGCACUGAUGCCUCCGGGCUUUUAGGCUUCAGCCCGGAGCCCACGAUCGAGGACAUCCGCCGCCUCCAUGCUGAGUUUGCUGCUGAAAGAGACUGGGACCAGUUCCACAAGCCUCGGAACCUCCUCCUGGCCUUGGUGGGGGAAGUGGGGGAGUUGGCAGAGCUCUUUCAGUGGAAGCCUGAUGAGGAGCCUGGCCCCCAAACCUGGCCCCCCAAGGAACGGGCAGCCCUUCAGGAGGAGCUCAGCGAUGUCCUCAUCUACCUGGUAGCAUUAGCAGCCUGCUGCCGUGUGGACCUGCCCCAAGCAGUGCUCUCCAAGAUGGACACAAACCGGCGACGCUACCCAGCACAUCUGUCCCGUGGCUCCUCCCGCAAAUACACGGACUUGCCCUAUGGGGCCACCUCUGAAGACCAGACCGUGGGGACUACAGACCUUGCCUGUGAAUCCACACGCCAGGAGGCCUCAGCCUAGAACCGUGGACCCACCACCUGCAACUCAGCAUGGCAUCUGAGGAACAGGUGGUUGCCUGGCCAUGGAACCUCAUUCUAGCCCUUUCUUUCCAGCUCACUGGCCUGGCAGCCCAACGUCUGAGGUCUGAGGCUCAAGAACCUCUGGAAGACAGCUUCUUGGUACUCCUCUCUCAAUAAAAGUUUUGUCUAGCAA